AUGAUUAAAUCGGAAGUUCGAAAUUCUGAUCAGAGUUCUUCGAACCAACAGGCUACAAUCGUUCGAACAUUCCCUGCAACUGCUGUUAACACAACUGCACCAUCGAAUUCAUAUUCUGCUAAUAGUCGAACAUGCCAACAAAUAUCGAAUCUGAAGCGACGAUUUGACGAUCCAAACGCAAUUGAUUUACAUUCUAGAAAGGGGCGUUUCGCUUGGACACAAAUUCAUAAUAAUUGGUUUUUACCUAUUCUAACCAGGAGUGAUAAUGAGAAGUACUUGUGUGUAAGAAUGGUUCGCUCAAAGGUAUUAUCUCACUAUCCCAAUGAAAUAUUUCGUCAUUGUAUCCAACAACAUCCACUAGAAUGUUAUCCCGUAACAAUUUAUGAAGCUGAAUUGUUGAAUAAAAUCAAUUCUCAUCAUUCCUAUUAUGAAUAUGGUCAAACAUUGUUCAAUACUAGUGAUCAAUUAACGAAAUUAAACGCGUUUAAAACAUUUUAUGAUUAUUUAAGAAAAACUAUUACAUCCCCUUUAUCAUUGUCACUAUCCACGUCACCAUCAACAUCCCCUACAAAUAAUAGUAGUCGACAACAACAAUCACACCCACGUCAUCCAAUUCUAUCUGCUCAUUCACAAUCACAACAAUAUCGACAUGUAACGCAAAAUGUGUCCACAUUUAAUAGCCCAAUUCAAGUUCCGUCACAACAGCAAAUGAUUGAUCCCUCACUGUCAGGUCAUGCGAGGCCAUGGCCAAGAAUGCCACAAUAUCCACAGCUAAAUAAUAUUGAAUCGAAGGUGCCACAAUCACCUUCUCUUCCAUCCUCCUCCUCCUCCACACAAUCUUUUCAUCGACAAGUGGCACCAUUUAAUUUCCAGCAACAGCAAACAAAUGGAAUAACGAUACCUUCUGUCACUGAACAAGUGAGACAAGCUUUUACAUCGAAUAAUUCACAAGCAAUUGCAAACAUGACCCUAGCGGCACAAUCACAACGACCGAAUUUUGCUAAUCAUACACAAAGUCAUUUUAGAGUCCCAUUUCUACCACCACCUUCAUCCUCAACACGAAGCGUUCAACCAAAUCUACCAACAGCAUUGGUUAAUUCAUCUACUUCUGGAUCUCGAUCAAAUCCGCCAAAUAUGAACAAGAACAAAGAUGGUACGAGAGGCACUCAAAAUCAAACAAGUGAACAGUCACCUACAGCAACAACAAUCUUAACGUCCCGUUUACACUGUGGUUGGCUCCAGAUCAAUAAACUUUAUACACCCUAUGUAUCUAAAAGUUCGCUUAAUCACUCAGAAUAUAGAAUUCCCAUCAAUUUGUUAUUAUUUUAUGAUUUACUUAAACCAAAUGAUAGUGUUGAAACACAGCCAGGCACACAAGAAGAAAUUGAUUUAAUUAAUCAAUUGUGCACAAAACAAAAUAUAAAACCAUUCUCAACUGAAACAAAAUUAAUUGAUUUAUCAUUAUUUUAUCGUGUUUGUUGUACUAAGGUUUUAUUUGUCAAAGAGCUAACAACAUCGGAUCCAAGAACAGAUAUAUGUAAAGAAUGGCUCUCAGUUGUACAAAUUAACGGUGGAAUAUGUCGCAUUAGAAAUUUAAGUACAAUCAGUGAGCAAACAGUACCAUAUGUGGGAAAUUAUCUAUUAAAAACAUUUCAAAUGAACAAACUAUCAUCGUACACAACAAAAAAUCCGACAAUGCAUGAAACGGAAUUUCUGAAAUUAAUCGUGUUUUUUAGUAACACUAAAAUGAAUCUCAAAAAUGUUCUUCUGAUCGAUAUUGAAUCAGUGAGAAAAGAAUAUGUUGUUGAUAUUAUAUUACCGUUCAAUGAUAAAUUUCCAACCAAUAUUUUAAAUUAUCAACAAGGAAGUAUACGAACAUCAGAAAAAGUGGCACAUUCGACGUCGACAUCGCCUCCCAUGGCAAUUCAAAAUAGAGGUGAAAACGACAUUCCUCCACCUCCUCCCACACCGCCACCUAGUCCUCCUUCUCCGAUUGUACCUGUCGCGGAGAAAUUGAAUGAAAACGUCGUGCAACAAACAACAAGACGCUCAAACGAUCAUGUACAGCAGCCAAUCAAAACGCUGAGUGAAACUCUAAAUGAACCAUCGAGAUGGUCAAAUGAUAACAAUAUUACAUCUUCAAUAAAAACCGCAACUGAUAAUCAAGCUCAACAACAAGACCGAUAUAACCGAACAACUGUUUUUCGCGGACAUGAAAUGUGCGCUUAUAUAUGUACAGCGCAGGGCUCGUCAAAUUCACGCGAAUGUUUAUCGUUACAAGCCAUAUGUCAAACAUUAUUUCCUGGUGGUGACAUGGACAAGUUGACACGUUCGUUAAGACAUAAAGGUAUCAAUCGAUUUCGUCCUCAAGAUCCAGACGUUGGUGAAAUACGUUUAGUGGAUAUCAAAGAUUUAGAAGCGCAUUGGGAUUAUAUUGAAGAAGUGAUGUCAAGCAAACCAAAUGGUAAGAUUAUUACCUCAAAAGAAUUUUAUGAUUGCGAUCAACGUGUUUUAGACGAUGAUGAUGUUGAAAUAAUUGCAUGCGUUAACGCAUCGUUAUUUCGUUCAAAAACUACACCAUCAGUCACAUCAAGCACCAGUCAUGGCACAUCAGAUGAUUUAUCGUUAUCUAGAUUGUUAGAUCGCCGAUUAUCAUCAAUUAAAGCAAGUUCACCUCAUCCAACUAAUACUUCCGAAUCAGAUAUGUUGAAUGUUGGAGAACCAUUUAUGACAACGAAGCCAAUUCAAUCUGAUCUUCCUAUAGUAGAAAAUAUUCAAACUCAAAAUGACUUUGGGAUUGAUGACUCAAAUCAUCAGCAUCGUAUUGUGGAACAGACAGUUCAAAAGGAACCAGUCGGCGAACAGUUAAUUCUGAAUAGUGUGAUUCCGAAUGAGGAUACGGAGAUAGAGCAACAACAGAACCCUUUAAAUACAAACAUAAGUGAAAAACGACGAUGUUCAGAAGAAACAAACAUACUAGACACAUUGUCUUCGUUGGGUGGAACUACAGAUAAGAAAUAUAACUGUUUAAGCUUCCAGAAAAGAGUGCGGUUUGGAGAACCAUCGGAAAAUAAUAAUAAUAGUGGACAACAUCAAGAAAAAGAACAGCAAAUUAUCGAAACAACUUCACAAACACAAGAAGAAAAUCUCCGAGAGAAUAAUAAUGUGGAUGUGAAUAAGACAACAACAACAACAACAACAACAACGAAUAACCAUGAACUAAACGUAAAUACGAUGACCAAAACAAAUGGUGAAGAAUCGUCUGAUGAGAGUAUUGGAAAAAUAAAACGUCGUUCAACGAAAAAACAUGAAGAUAAAACUUAUUUUGGUAUAGUGGAAGACGGCGACGAUGAUAGUAACGACAGUAGUGGUAGUAGUUCAAGCUCAGAUUAUGAAAUGUUUAAUAGUGCUUCAAGAAAACGAAAAGUUGCAUUGAAACAGUACCAGCAAAGACGGCGGAGCACACGUACAAUAAUGUCAAAGAACAAUGAACAAACAAGAAAAUAUUCACAACGUGCAAAAAGAAACAUUUUAAGAACAACAACAUCUAGUACCAAACGAUUAAAAACAACUGGACCUGCUAAAUGGGCAAUCAAAUUUAAUGUGUCACCAUGUACUGUUCUGUUAGAUUAUUAUGAUCCUGUGUAUGAAACUUGA